ACUGCAAAAAAACGUAUUGUGUCUCACUUCGUCUCUGACGCACUGUAUUUAUGCAUAUUGUUGUUUUGAUUCUGCUCACAUCUCGCGCGAAACGUGCACCGAUUGCAUCGAUAAUUGGGAAAAGGAAACCUUUUCGCCAUGCUUACUAGAUGCACGGCAACGUUGUUACUACGAAGGUACUGCAACAGCACCACAAGCAACUCAUCGAAAUUGGCCGAAACGAUCGCCUCAUCCAUCGAAGGUGUGGAUAGGACAAGCAUUGCCACACUGCUAGCUACCGUUCCCGAGCUUACAAAAUACACUCCCGAGCAAUGGCACCGUACAGUGCGGCUCCUAAGCACGGAAGGAUUGGAGCAAGAUAAAAUGCUUUCCAUAAUCGGUGGCCACCCAAGCAUACUGGUGCGCCCGGUGGAAAAGAUCGCCGAAAGCCUUCACUGUUGGCGAUCGUGCCAGUUCGGGGAUGCAAACAUGAAGGUGCUGGUGUCGGCUCACCCCUACUUUCUGGACUACACGAACCAUGGCCAGCUGGCACAGCGUGUCGCCUUUCUGCAUUCACACUUUGAGACGCGCAAAAACGUGUAUCGAUUGUUUCUGAACGCACCGAACCUGGUGGUGGAUGAGCAGCACGUGACGGAAGCGAAGAUUGCCUACCUGAUGCAGACGAUGCGCCACGAUGUGCUGGAGGUGGUAAAAUCGUAUGCCUUCACGCAUGACCUUGAACAUUUGCGUUGCCGGCACACGUUUCUGGAGCGGUUGGGAUUGUUUAAGCCACGGUCGCUGAAGGCGGAUAAGAGUACACCGACCGGUAAUCCACCGGUGCAUCAGAUUACCGAUACGAGCGAUAAGCGCUUUGCGGUGAAGGUGGCCUACGUUACGCUGGAGGAGUAUGAAGUGUUUCAGGAGCUGUACCGGCGCGAGCUGGAACAGGAGGACGGCCGGCAUCCGGUGGACGAUGAUGAGUUUGAUGCGGAAGAAGCAAUGGAAGGUGAAGUGGGUAGAAGUGCAUACCGGAAGAAAGGUCGAUAAAGACAUUUCCUUAGUGAGCAACGACCCUAGUAGGCGAUGGUAGAGCGCAAUAAAGGCACGUGUUCGAUGAGUACGAAAACCAGAGCAAAAGCUGUGUAGAUAAACAA